AUGGAUCUAAAGCUGAAAGGAAAGAGAAUCUUGGUGACGGGCGCGGGACGGGGGCUCGGGAGGCAGCUAUGCAGGGCAUUGUAUGCACAUGGCUGUCAUGUGUUGGCCGUCAGCCGUUCGAUGGAGCCCCUGACUUCAUUAAAGCAAGAGUGCCCAGACAUCGAAAUAAUAAGUUUGGACCUUACCGCCCUAGAAAAAGUGCGAGAAAUAUUGAAAGAUGUCGAUACCCUUGACGGUGUUGUUAAUAAUGUGGCGAGGAUACCGCCCAAAACUUAUCCAGCAUUGGAGUUUCCCGUAGAAGAGUUGGAUUCGACUAUCGACCUUAACAUCAAGGGCACGAUUAAUGUCAUUCAGAUUGCGGCCAAGAAAAUGAUCGAAGCCAACAGACCCGGCUCGAUAGUGAAUGUGUCGGAUGUCCUUUCAUUGCAAGCGUAUCCUGGAGUAAUGGCGAACAACGUCACAAAGGCAGCCGUUGACAUGAUAACAAAACAGUUUGCUUUGGAACUAGGGCCACAAAAGAUUCGAGUAAACACCAUUAACCCGACUUUGAUGAUCCACGAUGGCAUAAAAGAAUUCCUCAAGACGAACGCUUGGUUCGGAGAUAUGAUAAGCGAGAAGACGCCGCUGGGCCGACCGGCUGACGUGGAGGAGGUGGUCGGACCUAUUCUGUACCUCCUCAGCGAUCUAUCCUCUAUGGUGACAGGAACAAACCAAAUAGUGGAUGGCGGUGCGUUAUUCGCGUUUGCAAAUCAUGUUAAGCCGAUGGACAAUAUAACGUGGACGGCAUAA